UUGAUUACAGAAAACUCAAUAGAAUUAAAAAUCGACAUCGAGGAAAUCUUCUCUUCGGGUCUGCCAACAACGCUGCGAUCGAGUGACAUCAUCUAUAUAGUAAAAAUGCUGCCCAAAAGGAGAAUAUUAUUUUACAUCGUGUUUAUUUCUUCGGUGGCUACUUUUUUCUAUUCAUUCUGGAAAACAUUUUUGCAUCUGGAUAGUACACUCCAAACUCUUUCUAUAAAGAGAAAUGAGACGGCCAAUGCAUUACUAUUACAGCGUCAUGUUACUACUGCACAGAGCAUACAAGAUCAUAAAGUGAAAGUUAACUCUACCACGAUCCAAAAGCCUCUGCCUAAAGAGCCAUCUAGUUGGAGAAAUAAAUUUCAUUGGGAGUCCAAAUUAGACCAGCAUGACUAUCGCAUCCUCAUUAGCCCUCGGAAUAAAUGCAACCAUUCGGAAAAGAUAACUUUGCUUAUCCUCGUCAAGACAAGAGUGAGUAGCAUAAAAGAGAGGAAUAUAAUCAGAGAAACGUACGGCCAGGGAAUGGUGAAGUAUAAUGUGUCUGCAACGAUUCUAUUUCUACUUGGAAGGGAAAGUAAAUAUAAUUUAACUGCACAGGUUGAUCUCCAGAAUGAGGCUGAUAUACACGGAGAUAUUCUUCAAGAGGACUUCAUAGAUACCUACUACAAUCUAACCAUCAAACUUAUUAUGGGUUUCAAAUGGGCAUCGAUGUCCUGCAGUAAUACUUACUAUGUAAUGUCAACAGAUGAUGAUUGUAUCGUCGACGUCGUUAACCUUGCCAAUGAUCUCGAAGCAAACACAUCUUCGACGUUUCUUUCGAAGUUUGCCCUGGCCGAGCGAGCAAUCAACUGGGUUCCGCACCGCAAUCCUGGUGAUAAGUGGUACACUCCGCGGGAAUUUUUUUCGGGUGAUACCUGGUUACCUUUUCCUCGUGGAUACGGUUAUGUUGUUUCCAGAAAGGUGGCUCAUCUUCUUUACCAAGCCUCUCAGAAGAUUGCCCCACCUGCACCCUGGGAUGAUGUCUACUGUGGUAUACUCUUACAUUCAUUGGGGAUAGAGAUGCGAGAUAUCAUAGUUUGGUUUAAGAACAAGCAUGCAUCAUUGAAGGCUCAUGGCCACUAUGUGACUGGUUUAGAUGGAAAAGCAACGGACACAUGGAGAGCAGUUGAAGAUAGGUACCAAAAGUAAACUUGCAGCGAAAUUUGUAUAUAAAACGAAAAUAAAAAGAAAUAUAAAGACGAUAGUAGGAUUCCCUGAGAGUGUUUUGCUGGAAAAGCCUAAAAUUUAGAUUUAUAUUGAGUUUCCACAGCCAUUUCAGUACAAAUUUUGUAAAAACAUGACAAAAAUCGGUAAAUAUGGCCUACAUAAUUAUCAUACAGUGGGGGUAACACAAGUAAAAUUGCU